AUCAUAAACAGGUCUGAAUCACACGUGAAAUCACAGAACGCAGUAGCCCAGCCUACAGCUUAAUCUCAGUAGACUUGCUUAUUUCGCGUAUUUCUUCGUUUUUUGACAAACCCACCCAAGAACAAACAUACGCAAAAUGGCGGCAGGACCUGCUCUGGAGACUAAACUGGACGAAGACUUCCUCUUCAUCCUGAGUUUCGCCCGCAGCAGUAUGUAUCUGUUUCAAAGCAGACCCGUCGAGCAGGGACUGAUCGAAUCCUGGUUUGAGAAGCUGUGCCUCGAAAUCUAUCGCGGAAUAGACUCCAAACGGCAGCGCAAUCUCUAUCUCGUAAAGUUGGUAACGUGCGUUCAGUCGGGAAUCCUGACCGAACCCUUCCUGGCGAAACCUCCGGCCGGAGCGCUGGACCCAUUGCCGCAGACGAUCGCGCCUUCGAACUUGGAUGAACCACCGUGGUUGAAGGAUUUUGAAGCGGCGGAAGCCGCUGCCAUGCCGAUAGCAGGUGGGGCGAAGGACUUCUGCAGCUAUCUCUGUACCAAGCAGUUGGACGACGGAAAAGGGCUCUGCGCGUAUCUGGCUGUAUCCGUGGCCGAUGAAGGGGAGAAGCCUCGGUGGUUCGAAAUGGGAUCGGGAAGACCGCUGCUGUUGUCCGAGCUAGAUGAGGAGAUCGAAACGGCUUUUCAGGACUUUAUGGGACGCGUGGUGGAGCAAGGAGUGUUGGAAGAGAGCGGUGGACUUGGCGAGUACAGCGAAAAACUUCUGGACGCCAUACGACGGGAGUUAGAUGGUCAAGCACCAGCCGGAGAAGAUGUGUAUUUGGAUAAUUUGCUGACAGAAUUGGAAGCACACAUGGCCAACAAAUCGAUGGGUCGGGAGUUGGAAACAUACAACCAAGCGCAGAGGAGGGCUUUCCUUUUAGGAUAUCUGAAGAAAAAACUGGAACUGCAGCUGGACGAAAGAGGAUACAUUUACUGAAAUCAAAAUUGCUGGUAGCGAGUUUAUUUUAGAAAUAUCAAUAAAUUUGUAGUAGCACUA